UCUGCGCCAUUUUAGUUCUCUAUUCCUUUCGUCAUAUGGCGUGCUAGUGUGUUCGUCCGCCAUAUUAAAUGAAAUCAAUAAAAUAAGACAAAAUGUCGCCUUACUAAGUGCGUGAAAAUAAUCCAUCAACAUCCAGUUUGUGUGUGAUUAAAACAUAAAGAGGAUCACAAUGGAGAACUCCUACGGUGUGGGGAUUGAUAACAGAUAUGCUCUUUUCUUGGAUGAUGAGACCGAUCCUCUUGAUGCUUUAAAAGCGCGAGAGCAAGCGAAGGAGCUCAAAAAGAAGACCAAAGAAGCCGAGAAAGAGAACAAAGGCAAACCCGAGACGAAGCCGAAGGGUCCUAGUGUCACCGCCCGAAAGGGAAUCAAGGAAACCCAGAAUGUGAAGUCUCAAGAGAACAAGAGCGGCGAUCAACAAAAAAGCAAAGGUCCUCCUCGACCUAAUGCAGCUGAACGCAAUCCUGAACGUCCCCCGCCGAGACGACGUGAAGACAGACCGCCGCAGAACGGUGGCGUCGAGAAGGAAGGCGGAGCUCGUCCCCCGCGGCGUGAGUUCAGUGAUCGCGACCGAAGGCCUAACUUCGAGCGCCGCAAUGUGAGCGACAACCCCGAGGGAGGCGAGCGUCGCGGACCUCGUGUGCCGCGCGAGCCGCGUGAGCCCCGCGAGAACCGGGACCGCGACCGCGACGGACCGCGCGCCCCGCGCCCCUACGACAACCGAGGCAAGCGUGAGUACGACAGGAGGUCCGGCUCCGACAAGACCGGCGUCAAGCCCGUCGACAAGCGCGAGGGAGGCGGCCCUCACAACUGGGGAACUAUCAAGGACGACAUGAUCGACGAGCUGAACAAAACCGGGUCCGACGGUGACGUAGCCGACACCACGGCCGUGGACGCGGCGGCGGCGGGUGACGGGCAGCAGGCCGAGGCGCCGGCCGUGCCGGCCGAGGAGGAGCCGCGGGAGCUCACGCUGGACGAGUACAAGGCGCUCCGCAACGCCCAGCGCACGGCGCCGCAGUGGAACCUGCGCAAGGCCGGCGAGGGCGAGGACCUGAGCCAGUGGAAGAACCUGGUGGUGCUCGAGAAGAAGAAGGAGGCGGAGAAGGUGGAGGAGGAGGAAGAGGAAGACGAGGAGUACGACAUCACCGCCGACUACCCGCAGCGCGUGGGCCGGCAGAAGCGCGUGCUGGGCAUCGAGUUCACGUUCAGCGACAACGCUCGGCGUGGAGGCACCGGCGGGCGCGGCGGACGCGGCCGCGGGCGUGGGGGUCGGCCGCGCGGCCCGCCCCGCGACGAAGCGCCUCCAGAGGAGCGCCCAGCGCCGCGAGUGAGCCAGCCUGCUCCGCCUAAGGUUGAUGACAGCAAGGAUUUCCCCUCUCUCGGCUAGAAACACAUGUGAGCCCUUGCUCUUCUCCCCUUUCGAAAGUAUGAUAGAAUACAAAUUAAAUAUGUAUGUACCGUUAUUUUUGAAGUAAAUAUACAAAAUAUUUACAUACAUGUGUAUUAUAUUACAUUGAAUUGUAGUGAGUUUUGAAGUUGACAAUCUCCGUGACGACCUUGGUUCACAGUAGAUAUUUGAGCUGUGAGUCGGUAUCAUUAGUAUCGCUGGCGAUAUGAGAGAAGGGGGAGGAUAACUUAUAGUUUUACUUUUGCAUACACUAUUUUAGCUACAUUAAUGCCGUUCCGAACUUAAUAACAGUAGCUUCUAUCAUCAUUGUAAUCACAUCUGCUUAUGGUUUUAAUUUUGAAUUAAGGUUUUAAUCUUACAGAAUGUGACAUGAUGAACACUCAGUCACAAGUUAGUGUAGCGUUUGUGAGAAUAACCCUUGUCGCAUUUUAUAUCAUGAGUUUGUGUUGACAAAUAAUGCAGACUUUGGGAACUGUAAAUAGUUAUAUAUGUUUAAAAGUUAAGGUCUUAAAAAUAACAAGGUUGAUUUUUGUUGUUACACGAACUUCUUGAAAAAUAAAACAUUUUGUAUGUGUGAA